AAUAAGACAUUUUAAUUCAACCCUAAAGUAAGCAAUUGAACAAAACAAGUGAGGAGAGAGGAGAGCUUCUUCAUCUUCUUUUCCGGACACUGUACCGAUCGCCGGCGUCUCCAUCCUCAUCCUCUUUUCCUCAAAGGAACAAGAUGGGGAGCAUGGUGAUUUUGAGCUCAGACGAGGAAGAUUCAGAUAUUAGUGAAUCUGAAAUGGAAGAGUAUGAAGACAAAAUCUACCUAAACCUUAAAGGUGGGAAACUGAAAGUGAAACUCUCUCCUCAAGCUUUUGUAUGUCCUUACUGUCCGAACAAGAAGAAACCGAGUUUUCAAUACAAAGAUCUCCUUCAACAUGCUUCUGGAGUUGGUAAUAGCAACUCCGAGAAAAGAAGCGCAAAGGAGAAAGCAAGCCAUCUUGCUCUUGUCAAAUACCUCCAACAAGAUCUUGCUGAUUCAGCUGCAGAAGCAGAACCUUCAUCGAAACGCAAGAAAACCGAGAAUGCCAUUCAAGAUUGCGACCAGGACGAGAAGCUCGUGUAUCCUUGGAAAGGUGUUGUGGUUAACAUUCCAACUACAAAGGCACCAAAUGGUCGACCUGCAGGUGAGAGCGGAUCAAAUCUGAGGGAUGAGUACACUCUAAAAGGAUUCAAUCCGACUAGGGUUCGUACUUUAUGGAGUCACUGGGGGUUUUCAGGAACAGCAAUUGUUGAAUUCAACAAAGACUGGAAUGGACUUCACAAUGGUCUCUUGUUCGACAAGGCUUAUCGAGUAGAUGGUCAUGGGAAAAAGGACUGGUUGAAAAAAGAAGGUCCUAAAUCAGGUCUUUACGCGUGGCUUGCUCGUGCUGAUGAUUACAACGGAAGUAAUGUCAUCGGAGAGAACCUGAGGAAGAAGAGUGACUUGAAAACUAUAGCAGAGCUUAUGGAAGAGGAAGCGAGCAAACAGCAGAAGCUUGUGCAGAACCUGACACAGAUUGUAGAAGUGAAAAAGAAAGACAUGAAGCAGAUUGAGGAACUGUGUUUACUGAAGUCAAAGGAACUUAAUGAGUUGAUGGAAGAGAAGGAAAAGACUCUCCAAAAGCAUAACCAAGAGCUGAAUGCUAUACAGGAGAGAGCGUUGGGCCACGUUAACAAGAUCUUUGAGAAUCAUAAGAAGUUAACGAUGCAGCUGGAGUUGGAGAAGCAGAAACUCGAAAUCAAAGGCAAUGAGUUGGCCAAGCGAGAAGCACACAAUGAAAUUGAGAGAAAGAAAUUGGCUGAAGAACUUGAACAGAAUGCAUCUAAGAAUAGUGCUCUUGAACUAGCAACCAUGGAACAACAAAAGGCGGACGAAGAAGUGAGAAAACUGGCAGAGUCUCAGAGGAGGGAAAAGGAUGAGCUUCAUAAGAGACUCAUAAGACUAGAAAGAGAAAGAGAUCAGAAACAAGCGAUCGAGCUAGAGAUGGAGCAGUUGAGAGGAGAGCUAAAAGUGAAGAAGCACAUGGGUGAAGACGCUAAAAUUGUGGAAGAAGUGGCAAAUAUCUAUAAAGGCUUAGCUCAGAAGGAAGAAGAACUCGAAGAACUCCAAAAUUUUUGCCAAAGACUUAUCCUUAGAGAGCACAGAGCCAACGAUGAGGUUGUAGAAUCCCGUAAAGAAUUGGUAAACGUUAUGAAAGAAUGGAAAACAGAUAUCGGUGUCAAGAGAAUGGGAGAGCUCGUGGCGAAACCAUUCAUGGAUGCAAUGCAGAAGAAGUAUGGUCGUCAGCAAGAUGUAGAGGACCGAGCAAUUGAAGUUCUCCAGCUCUGGGAAGAGUAUAUCAGAGACAACGUGUGGCUUCCAUUCAAGCGGAUCAAGCUAGAUAAUCGAGAAACCGAAGUGUUAGUGAUAGAUGAGAGUGACGAAAAGCUGAGGGAGCUCAAGGAAGAUUUAGGCGAUGGUCCUUAUAACGCGGUAACGAAAGCUUUGCUGGAGAUAGAGGAGUAUAACGCAAGUGGAGGGUACAUUCAUUCAGAGCUGUGGAAUAUUAAAGAAGAUAGAAAGGCUACACUUGAAGAAGGUGUCACUUGUUUGCUUGAUCAAUGGCAAAAGUCGAGACGCUCGCGCGGAUUGGCUUAAGAGGAUUUGAUGUUUUGCAGCUGCAGGAGAAGGGAACUCGGAUUUGAAUAAAAAAAUCUGCCGAUGCGGUUUGUAGUUGCAGAGAAAAAUGUGUUUGGUUUGGUGAAACUUCUGUUUUUGGACAACUUAUUAGAAACUUAUUAGUGGAUAUCUUGUAUCGUUUCGAUAUCUUGUAUCGUUUCGAUGUUCAUUGUAGUCUUUAAUAUCUUUGGACAACUGAGUAAUAAAUAAAAUGUAUCAUAUUAUUGUAAUA